AUGGAUACAAGGAAGGCGUUUAAGGCUGCUGUCGUAUCCAGCAAUGGGACUGUUAUCAAAGGGUUGCAGAUUUUCAUUGCAGAUCUGAGGGCAAGCCCACAUUCUGCAGACCACGAGAAAAGGAUUAAAUCUGAGAUAGUGAAGAUCAAGCAGCAGUUUGAGGCGUCUAACAGUACUCACGGCGGGGACAAAUUGCACCAGGACAGACUUGGAGGGUACCAAAGAAAGAAAUAUGUGGCCAAAUUGGCGUACAUCUACCUCACGUCCAACACAACAAAACUCGCCGACAUUCUGUUUGGGCUGGAUCAAACGUUGAUCCUGCUCAAAUCGAACGUAUACUCGGAAAAAUUUAUAGGGUACAUGCUGCUCGAGCUACUAAUGGAACACAAGUCUGUUGCUGCUGAAAUUGGGGAAAGAUUGGUACCUUAUGUCACCAAAGACGUUUCCUCAAGCAAUGAUAAUUUUACUGCCCUGGCCUUGAACUUCCUUGGAGUUGUCGGAGGUAUGUGCACGAAAUUUGCGUUUAACGAGGAUCUUGUCGAUGAAGUUUUCCAGAUUGUCAGGUCUCCCACCUCGUCGCAGUAUCUGAAGAAAAAAUCUGUCCUUGCAUUCUUAGUCCUCUUGAAGGCUAACCUAUCCAUUCUCACAGAUAAUAUAAAAAGGAAACAGAUAUGGAUCCAAAGGAUUGUGAGUCUGUUAGAUGACACAGAUAAUUACAGACUUACGCUAGCUUCACUCCCCCUUGUGGAGUAUAUUGCUAGAAACAUAGGGCCAAGCUACUGCGUAAGGUUGUUGCCCCAAUUAACAGAUAUACUGUACGACUGUAUCGUGCUAGGGACGUCAACUGGGAAGUCCAACCAUUUUCCAACAGAGUACAAGUUUGCUAAUAUGCCAAAUCCGUGGUUGAUUACUAAGACGGUUUCACUCCUUAAUGCAAUAAUGGUGUCUCCCAAGGAAGAAUAUGAGUCUCAAAACUCACAACUACUACAAUCGGCGAACAUCGACCCAGAAAAUUUGGGGAAACUCAGAAUGUGUGUUGCUAAAGCUGUGGAACUGGGGACAAGAAGGAUUAAUGAUCCAAUGGAAAAGAUAGUUCAAAACACUGUGCUGUUUUCAUUGAUCAACUUUGCACCCAAACUGGACCCAUCUGAGGUUGCAAUCACAAAUUCGGUGGAUGCCCUGUGCGAAUUACUACGUUCGAACGAAAUUAAUAUCAGAUAUUUGACAUUGGACUCCCUUAUUAAGCUGUGUUCCUCGUGCGGAAAAAUUGCUCUCGACGCUGUCAGGUAUAAGAAUAUGAAUUUAAUUUUUCACCUUUUAAACUCAGAACGGGAUUCAUCCAUCGCUAGGAAAGUAAUUGAUUUGCUGUAUAUCUUGAGUGAUAAAGAUAACGUCAAAACAGUGGUAGAUCAAUUGUUAAGCUACAUAGUGAAUGCAAAGUAUAUUCCUGAUCCUCAGAUAAGAUCCAACAUUUCGGUAAAAAUUGCCAUUCUAACAGAAAAAUAUGCCACCGAUUCAACCUGGUAUGUUCAGAUAUCGUUGAAGAUUCUGUCAAUGAAUUUCAGUACGUCAUUUAAUGAUGACGAGGUUUGGCACAGACUUUGCCAAAUUGUAGUGAAUAACCCAUCAUUACGGAAGAUUACCUGUGUUCAACUAGUCGAAUAUUUACAGGGGAAGCAACUCUCUGAAUUUAUAGUAAAAACGGCUGCGUUUCUACUGGGUGAAUAUGUUGAGUUGAUUCGUGAUAUAAUUACGGCCACCGACAUGUUCAAUCUGUUCAGUGAGAAGUAUUUUAUGGUUGGGAAUUUGACAAGGGCAAUGAUUUUGACCACAAUGAUGAAGUUGCACAACAGUGCUCCUGAAGUUGGCUCGAAGGUCAUUAAAUUUUAUCAGCUGGAAUUAAACUCUCUGGACAUAGAGCUACAGACAAGGUCGUUUGAGUAUUUGAAAGUUAUCCAGCUUUCUAAGAUAAGUGGAAAUAACAACCUAAUAGAGCUGCUCUUCCAGCCAAUGCCUCCCUUCAACACAAAAUCCAAUCCUUUGUUAAAUCGAUUAGGUAGUUUGCCACUCGACACCACUACAAACUCUAGUCCGUUGAAGGAGGGUACCGUUGCGCCCCCACCAUAUACCUCGACUGCUUCACUACCAUUAGUCAAUGUACCCAAACCUCCAAUCUCUCGUCACAGUGGCAGCAUGAUGAGUUUUCCCUCUACAACUGGGAACUCGAAUACUUUGUUACGUGGACUAGACAGCAGUUAUGCUGACCAACAACUGUCGCCCAACUGGAGAGAAGGUUUCUCAAGGAUGUUACAACACAAGCAAGGUAUUUUUUAUAAUUCGAGCUUGAUGAAAAUUGUAUACCGUAUUAUCCACGUCGAGCCACACCAUUUGAAGAUUGUUCUCACUUGUAUCAACAACACAGAAUGGGAAAUUAAUGGACUCUCCACGAGCGUUAUUUCUGCGAGGACCCAUGAUAACCCUGAAUACGUGGUGCAGAACAUUGAAUUCCCGUCUAACCCGACAAUACAGCCUCAUAAGAGGCAGGGACAGCAAAUGGAAGUUAUAAUUAGACGCUCCAUGGAUGUUCAAGAGAGUCCCAUCCUGAACAUAAAUUUCAGAUGCGGUGGUAGUGUCAACAACCUGAGUUUGAAACUAGGGAUCGGAAUGACCAGCACCAUAUUUCAUGGGGAUAGCGACGCUCAUCCUCAGCAACAAGUCACACUCCCGCAAUUUAUUACCCGGUGGAAGGCACUUGGUAACACUCUAGGCAAGGACUCGGAGUGUGUCGUCGAAUCUAUGCCGAUGAGGGGACUCAGAGCACCAGACACAGACCCAGAUUCCACGGAUAUAUUGGUCGGGCAAAUCUCUCAGAUAUUGAAAAGAAUGGGCUUUGAUAUCGUGGAGCAAGACACGGUCAAGAACCCGGUGUUUGCUGCGGGUAUUGUCCAUACAAAGUCCGAAGGAAAUUUCGGCAGUCUUUUGAAAGUACAGUGUCGGGUUGACGGUAAAAUUAACGUCACUUGCAAGACCACUGUCCCAGGACCACUGUCUUCGUACAUUGUUGAGUGCAUAAAGACGACGGUAGCGGGCUAA